UCGAUCCUACGAAAAAACUUAGUCCAAGGAAAUAGUAUUUCGUUUCGACAACGAUAGUUGGAUUCAAGCACAAUGACUGAUGAAACCGAAAAGAAAUCAGAACGACAUAAAUCACUUUUGUCCAAGUAUGAAAUACCUAUCGACCAUUUAAGUUAUGAAUAUAUUCAAGGCUGCAACGAUAUAAGAGAACUUGAGAGAAUCGUGAAGAUUUUGAAGUCUGGAGAGGAAGGAUAUUUUCCCGACUUGCUCAGGUCCACUGAAGAUCGUUUACGGGUGUUUAGUCCCAACAACCGGCAUCUUCGUACUGAAACACCAGCUUUGGAUAGGAGUUAUUUCGACAAGAAUGAAUGGAGAAGCAUCAUGGACGAGGUAGACACUUGGAGGAAGGAUGUUACUGAGAAGGAUAAACAGUUAUGUUGCAAGAUUACUCGUGACGUGUCCGAAAUUAGUAUGCCUCCGAUUAGACAACAAACACAAACACAAUCCAUUCGCGUUUCGGAAAAUCAGCCGAAACAAAUAAAAAAAGUGAACGAUUAUUCUCUUUGGGAUAAGUACGACGUUGACACGGAACUUCUCAAAAUGGAUAUUGAAGAAGAGAAGAAAUAUUUUAUUGCAAUAAAGAAGCCUACACAAAAGGAACCUGAUAGAUUGAACCUUAUUGAGGAAGAAGCACAAAUUUAUUCAAAUGCCGAGAAAGAAAUUUUAGCAGAACAUGAGAAUCUGAGGGGUAACGAAUUUUAUCAGGCAAAAGACUACGAAGAAGCUGAGAAAUACUACACAGCUUCUUUAGCGAUACAUCCAACAGCCAAAACCUUCAAUAAUAGAGCUAGCUGUAGGUUGAAACUGGCGAAAUAUUCAGAAGCUAUCGAAGAUGCUGAUAAAACCCUUGAACUAGAAGCUAACAACAUCAAAGCACUCUAUAGAAAAGGCAUCGCCUUGAAACACCUGAAUAAGUACCAAGAAGCUCUGCAAAUCAUGAAAUGUAUUUUAAACCUGGAUCCGAACGUUUCACAGGCUCAAACUGUGGCCAAUCAACUCUCAGAAAAGAUCAGAUUGGAAACAAAAGACAUUGUUGGUUUACAGAAAUCUAAUCUUGUGGAGAGACAAAAAUGUGUUGAUAAGCAUAGUCCAGAGUGCUUCAACAAUCCAAGUUUCAAAGAGCCCGUGAACGAAUGGGGACUACCAAAAAUGUUUUGCAACUCCAGUGGAUGUUGUAACAAAAAUAAUUCUAAAUGUAAAAACUAUUUAGGCGUGCACGAAAGAGCAAACGCAUUUGGUGAAUGUUCCAGUAGUUAUGAAAAUAUUUUUGAAAAACAACAAUCUUCUCUAUUCAGUAAACACACCAUUCAAAGUUUUAAAGAAGAGAAGAAAAAGAACGAUGCUGUCAAAAUAGUUGAACUUCCUGAAGAGAGUGUGCCUAAAGUACCGAAAAGGAUGACGAAGAUGGAAAUAAUUGAGAUGGAUUCAUCUCAAAAUGAUCCACAUGAAGAUGUGAUUCACAGCCAACCGAUGAAGUGCAGAGUUGUUGAUAAAAGGAGCCAAAAAUCAAUAUUCAAAAAUCAAACUAGUGAUAAGUAA